AUGCCCCUUCUCAAACUACCACCAGAAGUUCUCCAACUCAUCAUAACCCAACUUCCCUCACAAGCCUCCCUCGCGACCCUAGCGCGAGUAUGCCGACACCUCGAAUCGCUCGUCGACCCGAUCCUCUACCGCACCAUCUACCUGCGCAACCACGAUGAUACGUGCCUAAUUCGUGCACUCGAGUCUCGCCCGGAACGGGCGCAGCACCCCCGCGAGCUACAGAUCCACUACCACUACGUCGACGUGCCUAACCAGACAGAGUACUACCCGCUGCUGGUGGAGAGUCUUCUGCCGACCCUCAGCCGGCUGGUCAACCUCAAACGGCUGACCGUCAAGGGGCUGCUGUACGAUUCUUGCCGCAUGAUCAUGGACGAUGUACCGUACGACCCCGAGCGGCGAACAGAGCUCUGGAGCUUCGACUCCCGGAGCUCCGUCGUAGUGCAUCCCCACCUGAAGGAGCUCAGCCUGGUCGGGGCGGUGGUCGACGGUCUGGGUCCUGACCUAGAGUACGAGCCGCGCUCGACCCCGCUGGAAAGUCUCACGCUGCUCUGCUGCGAUGUCUCCGCGGCUGGGAUGGGCCAGCUGUUGAGCGUCCCCAAAGCCCUGAAGCAUCUCACCUGGAAGGGUGUUCCAGCGGUAAAUCCCCCGGACUUUUGGCCGGCUGACCGGAUGAGCUACAUCCAGAUGAUCCGCACCCAGGCUGAUUCGCUGGUCAGUCUGGAUCUGGAUCUCUGGGCGCCCAUUCAUCAGCAUCCACCAUUGGAUCUGCGCGCCUUGCGCUGUCUGCGGCAGCUUACGGUUGAUCCAAACGUAUUCCGCCGCGCGGACGUGAGCGCGCAAGAGUGUGUGCUUCCCGGGAGCUUACAGAAACUGGUGCUGAGGGCGUACCGGGAGUAUAGCUUGCCAGAUCUGGGGCCGUUGGCUCUGGUGUAUGGCUGGGUGUCGUCGGGAGCGCUGCCGAGUCUGGGGUGUGUCACGGUCCAGUCGGCCCGGUUCCAAGCAGAAAAGAUCCUCGGUGCUGUGUUUAGGGAUGGCGGAUCAUUUGAGGAUGCGUUUCGAUCGAUUGGGGUGCAGCUGGAGUAUGAGCGGGUCCGGCCCAGUGUGGAGGAAGAGCAUUUCGCUUUCGACUGCCCAUGUUGCGCGUGGGCGUUGCGAUGGAACAAUGGGUUGGACUGGUGAGUUGAUGAGUCUAUGCGAUGCAGAUAUAGCCAUA